AUGCAGGGAUUCGAUGAAAUGACUCCUCGUCACUCACCCCGUCGACUCGCUCGGCCAUUGCACCCCGCUGUCGUAAUUGCGGCCUGUUGCCUGGUCUGUCCACUGAUCGUUUCCGAAAGUGUCAGGAGCGAGGCCGCGACGAUGACGCGAAGCUGUGAGAGCGUAACGAAGUCAAAAUAUCGUCGCGUGAAACCGGCUGACAUCUGUCAUGUGGUAUGGUAUUUCGGCGUACUCUUGGUGUGUGACCCAGAGACGAGUCAGUACUGUUUGGCUGACGAAGAUGAAAUGCUUGGUCACCAGGUCCCGGCAUCACACAUACACACAAGUGUCUGUGAGUUCGUUUCAUUUGACGGAAUUCAUUGUAUGCACCAGCCAGGGUGCGGCUCUUUGAUCAAAAGGCCGAUGCCGAGUCGUAAAAAAAGUAACGAGCGGCAGGACGACCGACCAACCUAUCGAGGCUGUUCAUCAAAUACCUCUCUCGGAACAGCUGUCUGCCCUCCUAACCGACUGAACGACAACUACGACAUGGGCCAUAUGCAAAUACCUGGACACAUUUUACAAUCAAGUGAAGAAGAAGCUCCAGAUUUUUUGGCCAUCCAUUUGACCGACCUGAAAUACGCGGACGACAUUGUUCUGCUGUACCGGAAGAGACCUUACUACUUGUGUGUGCAAAAAGGCAGUCAAUGUGGGCUACUAGUUAUUGGCCAGUGGUUGGCCCAGUUCUAA